AUGUCUACCUCUAAUGUUGUUCCAAAGUGUGAAGAGGUUGCUAUUUGGGGCAUUAAGGAUCUUUAUCCUUUGCCCAGCAUCUUAACAUUGUUGUGUUCUCAAAGAAAAUUCAAAGAGUGGAAGUACCUAUUAAUGAUGCCUGAUCUUCCGUUCCAAGUUGGGGAUUUGGCUGAGUCAAAAUCCUUUCAAAGUGGUUUUCGUGGUGCAUGGUUUCGUUGCAGGAUUAGAGAUAUCCGCACAAAAAAUGGCGUCAUAUCCCAUCUAUUGGAGUAUUUUGACUACACUGACCAAAAGCCAAGUUGGAUCAAGUUGUAUCAAAAGUCUCUAACUAAUAUAGGCAAGUCAAAGGGCAUCAACAAGGAAUUGAUGUUGCGACCUUCAUUUCCUACAUCCUCUCACGAAAGUGAUAAGCUUGAUGCAAAUACCAUAUCAAAAGUGACUGUUAUUGUUAAUAACAAUUGGAAGGUUGGGGAUUUGGUAGAUUGGUAUACAGAUGGUUGCUAUUGGUCGGGAAGUGUGGCUAAAGUAUUGGGGAAUCAUAAAGUUCAGAUUAGUUUGCUACCUCCUCCACUGGGUGAAGGGUUAUCUUAUGAAGCAUUAAGCAAGGAUUUGCGCCCAUCUUUAGACUGGUGUCCAGAAAAAGGUUGGACUGUUCCUAUGCCUAUGGGAGAUGAAUGCAGGCAACCUUGUGCUCGAAUAAUCUAUCCAGCAAAUUCUGAUGAAACAGUAAAGGAUGGUCAGCAUACAGUAAGGACAUAUCCUUCUCCUUCGUCUUCAAAUUUGGAAGACUGUCUAGGUAGAUCCAUGGCAUGGACAAAGCAGAGCAACAGUGAUAUAAAUGGUAUGGAGAUUGACGAGUUUGAUAACGUUUCAAGUUUGCACAUCAUGGAUGCAUCGAUUCAGAAUUCGGAAAUGGCUACCAUCAAUGGUAGAUAUAAUGAGUAUCCGACAAAGAAGAGAAGCGACAGAAGCCUUUGUCUUAAUUCCGUGUCUUCCAAUACUAUAGAAGCUGCAGUGAUGGACUUGGAGGAACUUGUGAAUAGGAUUAAAUGGUUAAGGAGUGUGUUGAAUUUGAGGGUGUCGCCUUUAUCGGAUACUAAGCAGCCUUCUUGGGAGUUUUCGCAACAUCAUGCACCAUUUAAAUGA